AUGAUUAACGUCAUACUAUCAACUUAUAAUGAGGCAGAAAACAUCAUUCCAAUGCUAGGAAUGCUUAUCAAGACACUGAAAGGCCUUGGUGUCCCCUUCUUAAUUAUCGUCGUGGAUGGCGGCAGUUCUGAUGGGACUCCUAGGAUUGUCAAGAACUUAAGACUAUCUUAUGUUAUGGUGAUUGAGGAGAGAUGCAAAUCUGGACUGGGGAAAUCUUACUUGAAAGGCUUGAAAUACUGCAAGUAUGAGUAUACUAUUAUUCUUGAUGCAGACCUUCAGCAUGAUCCUUUUUUCAUUACCCAAUUUUUUAAGCUUGCAAAUUCUCCUGAGAAAUACGAUAUUGUCACCGGAACGAGAUAUGCCCAAUCGGGAAUGGUGUCCAGAUGGUCAUUUGUAAGACGGUUCUUAUCUCGUUUCUCAAACAAUCUAGCAAGGUAUGUGAUUGGAUUAAAGACAUCAGAUUUAACUGGAAGCUUCAGAUGCUAUCGUACCUCUGUGCUAAAGAUCUUACUUGCUGAGUCGAACUGUAGCGGAUUCAGCAUACAGAUGGAAGCUAUCAGUAGAGCUGAGAAAAAGGGCCUGAAAAUAGCAGAAGUGCCAAUAAUAUUUUAUGAUAGGAGUGCAGGCCAAUCGAAGUUCGGGCUGAAUGAGUUCUGCUUGUUUGUAAAGCUGUGUUCAAACUUUAUCUUACAAUCUGAAGACGGACUCUUUGACGGUUUUUAG